CCUGUUAUUGUACUGACAUAAGUGCAGAGCUGUAUCCUCGGAAAUACUACCUAUAGCAGAACAUUGCAUGUACAGAAGACAAAAACUCCUGGAUAAAAGAUUGGAUACUAUCUUUACCAUGUAUAAAUCUGUCCUACAAAGUGAGAUGCAGUGUGAAUAAUCAGAACCAAAUGUGAGAUGGCUGAAAGUGUACCCACAAUGGAAAGCUCAGAUGAGGAGGAGUUCUAUGAUGCAACUGAAUCCUUCCCUGAGCAAAAUUGUGAGAAAGGAGAGAACACUCCACCAACAGCACAGUCUGACUAUGUCCCUCCACCUGAAGUAACAGUUCUCAAUGCUGAUCAGGAGACUGUUUCUCUUGGUUUACCACUCACUGAUCACUCUGUUGGGUAUAAACUGCAAGUAGAUUACUCCUGUGACACACACAGAGACAGUUUGAUCACAAAGGACUACGGCACUGUGAAGGUUGAGGGACUGAAUCCUGGGACUGAAUACACUUUCAGUAUCACAAGGAUUGCAGAUAAUGGAAGUCAAAGCAAAGCAACCUCGCUAUCUGUCUUCACAGAGCCCAGCCCUCCUGCGCAGAUUGCUGUCUAUCAGGCCAGCAGUGAGUCACUGUCUCUGCGUUGGGACCCUCCUGUUGGGGAAGUGGAGAGUUACAUUGUGACUUGUUGCAGUGAGGGAGAAACUGUGCAAGAGUUGACAACAGACACAAACAACCUGACUCUCAGCGACCUGAAGCCAGGGGCGUGUUACUCCCUCCAUGUUUCUGCACAGCAUAGGAACGGAAGAAUAAGCAAGGCAACUGUAACAUCUGCUCACACAAAGACACGCCUGGAGAGCUUACUGGAGGAUCUGGGAUUGGAGCGACACUACACAAAGAAGCUAUCCCUGAGCAAAAUACUUCAGAUUGAUGAGAAGACCAUCACUGACAAACAGGCAAAGUGUUAUUCAGAUCUUCCGUGGUAUUUUCUAAAGACACUGAUGAUGAUUAAUGUUACAGCUAGAAAUGUGAAAUGUACAUCUGUAUGUGAGUCAAACUGUGAUGCCGCAUCAGGAAAUACAGACAUAAAUUUUGAUGAUCUGUUUGACAAUCCACAUUCAGGUGACAUGCUGAACCCCCUUGACAUAAUCACUGCUCUCUUUCUGUGUUCUGAUGGUUUUGUACAGCAGGAAAUGGCACUCAAGAUGUCUAUGUGUCAGUUUGCUGUGCCUCUGCUGCUUCCCAAUUGUGACUCAAAGCAGUGCACACUCAUGCUUUGGGCUUUGAGAGACAUUGUUAAAAAGCACAGACCUCAGUCACUUUCAGAAUCCAAGGGCUUUAUUGAAAACAGAAUUGUUGUGUCUGAAUUUCCAAUGAUAUCUUUUGUGAGAUUGGGUGAAUGCUCCUUGUCCAAGUCAGAGAUCCUCAAUAAGCUUCUGAGCAAUUCUCAGCAGUACCAUGAUACCUUUGUUCACCAUGAUAUGGAGUGUGACAUCCGAAGCAGUUUUUUUGUUCUUUGA